CUCUUUCACUCUCUGAUUUUCUCGGCGAAAGGACAAUUCUUUCCGGCAUUCAGUCGAAUACUUGGUCUUCACCGGACUUCCGUUUAAGGCUUACCGAGUUUCUCGCCGGAAAACACAGUCGUGUUGAUCCUGAAGUGAAGAAGACGAGGGAGAGGAUGGAUUGUUGUAUUGUCUGCUCUUUCCGAUGACGUGAGUGGGGGAGUGUGUGUGUAAGAGCGGUAGAGAGAGACAUGGGGAAGGUAGGUUUUUGUUUGGCAGUGAGUUGUGCGGUGGCGUCGUGUGCGAUCGCGGCUAUACUGGUGAGCCAAGGAGUGAAGAGUAGGCGGAAGUGGAAUCGUGUGAUGGGCAUAUUGAGGGAACUGGAGGAAGGAUGUUCAACGCCGAUAGCGAGGUUGAGGGAGAUAGUUGAUGCCAUGGCUGUUGAGAUGCAUGCGGGAUUGGCUUCUGAAGGUGGGAGUAAACUCAAGAUGCUUCUCCCAUUCGUCGACAAACUCCCAGAUGGGAAUGAAGAAGGAACUUAUUAUGCACUCGAUCUUGGUGGAACCAAUUUUAGAGUCUUGAUGGUUCAGCUAGGGGGUAAAGAGUUAUAA